AUGUCUGUGGAGCUCGAGGAGGCCCUGCCGCUGACGACCGCCGAGGGGGCGGCCAAGAAGGCGGCCAAGGCUGGCGGCUCGGCAGCGCUGUCCCCGUCCAAGAAGAAGAAGAACAACAAGAAGAAGAACCAGCCGGGCAAGUACAGCCAGCUGGUGGUGGAGACCAUCCGCAGGUUGGGCGAGCGCAACGGCUCGUCGCUGGCCAAGAUCUACACGGAGGCCAAGAAGGUGGCGUGGUUCGACCAGCAGAACGGGCGCACCUACCUCAAGUACUCCAUCAAGGCGCUGGUGCAGAACGACACGCUCCUGCAGGUGAAGGGCACCGGCGCCAACGGCUCCUUCAAGCUCAACCGCAAGAAGCUGGAGGGCGGCGGCGAGCGGCGCGGAGCCACAGCGGCCGCCACCGCCCCGGCGCCCGCCGCGCACAAGGCCAAGAAGGCGGCCCCGGGCGCGGCCGGCCCCCGGCGCGCGGACAAGAAGCCGGCCAAGGGCCAGAAGCCCGAGAAGCGCUCGCACAAGAAGGGCGCCGCCUCCAAGAAGGACAAAGGCAGCAAGGCUAAGAAGGCGGCGGCCGCCGGGGGCAAGAAGGUGAAGAAGGCGGCCAAGCCCAGCGUCCCCAAGGUGCCCAAGGGCCGCAAGUGAGCUCGCCGGCCUGCGGGGUCUUUCCGGUGUUCGGUUUUUCUACCCCAAGUGUAUGUAGGUUUUUGUACGGUUGCCGGCCAGGCCACCGCCGCCCCUGCUCUGAGCCGCACGGAGGGCCCGGGGCUCCCUCCAUCCCUUUUCCUGCCCCCCCUCCCCCGCCGCCGUAGCGGUUUUUUGUUGUUGUUUUUGCUUUAGAUUUUUGAAACGGCCAGGCGACGCCCCUAUUGGCUCUCGCCCUUGGCAACGGCUGUCUCCAUGGUAACCGGCCCCUAGGCGCCAAUGGCCGAGGCCGCGCCUGCCUGCCAGGGCGGGGGCCGCGGGUUGGCCGGGCCCUGGUGCGCUGAGACGCCGCCGCCGCGCCGCCCUUCCCCACUCCCCACCCUCCGCCUUUGGGUGCGCGACAAACAAUCGCUCGGGGCGCGGGGCCGCGCGGCCUUCCUUUCCUCCCGUUGGCCUUUUUGGGGCACAAUAAAUUGUUUAAACCUUUGAA